AUGUCUAUGAUGAAUGCAGUGGGUGUCAUUACUGCCGGAGUUGCUAGUGCUGUCAUGCCACUCAGUGUAAUUUCAAUUUUAAUUCACAGAUCAUCAAUUUUCAUUUUUUGUAUUGUUGUAAACUUUUCUUUUGGACCACUGGAUAAUGUUUCUGAAUUUGGACAUCAAUUGGCAAAUAUUGUAAAAAGGAAAUCAAUGAAUAAGAUUGAGAUUGAGGAAAGGGAUGUGAAAGCAAAUGUUUCUACUAAGGUAGUUUCAGAAAUUGUGGUGGAAAAAGACGAAACAAACGAAACAAUUGACCCAAAUAAAGUGUAA